AAGGAAGUCAGCCCAAUAGUGGACCAAACACACCAGUAAUGAGAAGUGGCGACUGGAUACACAUGAUUUCACUAUCCCCUGGAGCCUUAACAAUAAGCUGAGGGUUAGGGAGGAAGUCGACUUCCUCCGUGGCGUUUGCAGGCUGCGGACCCCGCGCCUGCCGGCUGCGCACCCGCUAGGGCACAGGGGCAAGCGAGACCCGCGGGAAGGGGCAGUAAGCCGCCUGAUUGACAGCCCGAAAUCUGAUCUUGUGAAAGAGACGCGGAGCCAAUGGGAGGCAGCGAUCCAUCAGUUUGGAUUGGAGGCCCCUGGAGGAGAAGUAGAGGAAAAACCACCGAAUUGAGCUCUGUCAGAGGAGCUUUCGGCUUCCAAGGGGGAAGUGCUGGGCAAUAAUUAAUGUUUUUAUUAAAUUUGGAGGGAAUUUUUUGCAGCCGUUCGCCUAGCGUGGCCUUCAGGUUGAUAGAAGUCCAGAUCCUGAGGAAAUCUCCAGCUAAAUGCUCAAAAUAUAAAAUUCUGAGCUGAGAUUUGCGAAGAGCAGCAGAAUGGAUGGAUUUUAUGACCAGCAAGUGCCUUACAUGGUCACCAAUAGUCAGCGUGGGAGAAAUUGUAACGAGAAACCAACAAAUGUCAGGAAAAGAAAAUUCAUUAACAGAGAUCUGGCUCAUGAUUCAGAAGAACUCUUUCAAGAUCUAAGUCAAUUACAAGAAACAUGGCUUGCAGAAGCUCAGGUACCUGACAAUGAUGAGCAGUUUGUGCCAGACUAUCAGGCUGAAAGUUUGGCUUUUCAUGGCCUACCACUGAAAAUCAAGAAAGAACCCCACAGUCCAUGUUCAGAACUCGGCUCUGCCUGCAGUCAAGAACAGCCCUUUAAAUUCAGCUAUGGAGAAAAGUGCCUGUACAAUGUCAGUGCCUAUGAUCAGAAGCCACAAGUGGGAAUGAGGCCCUCCAAUCCCCCCACACCAUCCAGUACUCCAGUGUCUCCACUACAUCAUGCAUCUCCAAACUCAACUCACACUCCGAAACCUGACCGGGCCUUCCCAGCGCACCUCCCCCCAUCGCAGUCCAUACCAGACAGCAGCUACCCCAUGGACCACAGAUUUCGCCGCCAGCUUUCUGAACCUUGUAAUUCCUUUCCUCCUUUGCCGACAAUGCCAAGGGAAGGACGUCCUAUGUACCAACGCCAGAUGUCUGAGCCAAACAUCCCCUUCCCACCACAAGGCUUUAAGCAGGAGUACCACGACCCAGUGUAUGAACACAACACCAUGGUUGGUGGUGCAGGCAGUCAAAGCUUCCCCCCUCCUCUGAUGAUUAAACAGGAACCCAGAGAUUUUGCAUAUGAUUCAGGCUGUAUGUUUGAAAAGGGCCCCAGGCAGUUUUAUGAUGAUACCUGCGUUGUCCCAGAAAAAUUCGAUGGGGACAUCAAACAAGAACCAGGAAUGUAUCGGGAAGGACCCACGUACCAGCGGCGGGGAUCGCUUCAGCUCUGGCAGUUUUUGGUAGCUCUUCUGGAUGACCCUUCAAAUUCUCAUUUCAUUGCCUGGACUGGCCGAGGAAUGGAAUUUAAAUUGAUUGAGCCUGAAGAGGUGGCCCGGCGUUGGGGCAUUCAGAAAAACAGGCCAGCUAUGAACUAUGAUAAACUCAGCCGUUCACUCCGCUAUUACUAUGAGAAGGGAAUUAUGCAAAAGGUGGCUGGAGAGAGAUAUGUCUACAAAUUUGUGUGUGAUCCAGAAGCCCUUUUCUCCAUGGCCUUUCCAGAUAAUCAGCGCCCGCUGCUGAAGACGGACAUGGAACGUCACAUCAAUGAGGAGGACACGGUGCCUCUGUCUCACUUUGAUGAGAGCAUGGCCUACAUGCCGGAAGGGGGCUGCUGCAACCCCCACCCCUACAACGAAGGCUACGUGUAUUAACACAAGUGACAGUCAAGCAGGGCGUCCCCCGGGCUUUUCCUUUUUCUGCAAGAUACAGAGAAUUGCUGAAUUCUCUUCAAUCUUUGUUUUAUUUUUGUCGUUUGUAUUUUAUUUUUAAAUAAUAACACACAAAAAGGGGCUUUUCCUGUUGCAUUAUUCUAUGGUCUGCCAUGGACUGCGCACUUUAUUUGAGGGUGGGUGGGAGUAACCUAAACAUUUAUUCUGUGCAACAGGAAGAUAAUGGGUGAGUGGGCAGAGGGAUUUAGGGAUUACUUUUUACUUAGGCUUGGGAUGGGGUCCUACAGGUUUUAAGUAUGAUGAAGCUAUAUCAUGUCUAUUUGAUUUCAUAACAACAUAAGAUAAUGUUUAUUUUCUCUUGGUAUCUAUGGUACAGUUAAUUUCACAUUGUGUAAAUAUCCGCUGCUUGGAGACUAUUUGCCUUGGGCAUUUUCCCCCAUCGUUUCUGAGUCUCUGCAGGUGUACAAAGAAAACCCAAUCUACUGUAAAUGGCAGUUUAAUUGUUAGAAAUGACUGUUUUUGCACCUCUUGUAAAAAGGUAUUUAGCAAUUGCAUUUGCCGUUUUUUUGUUUGUUUUAUUUUGUUUUGCUUUAUAUAUGACUCACAGAGGAUAACCAUAAAAUGGGUAUUUCUCUCUGAAGUUGAAUAAUCACCAUGACUGUAAAUGAGGGGCACAAUUUUGGACUCUGGCUCCAAACUGAGUCACAGGCCAGUAGCAUUACAUGUAUCUGGUGCCACCUUGCUGUUUAGAUACAAAUCAUACUGUCUUUUAAGUAUUUUGAAGCCCAUUUCAGUUAAAUAAUGACAUGUCAUGGUCCUUUGGAAUAUUCACUUAAACGUUAAAUCUGGGAUCACAAUGAAGCAAAAAAUAUUUGUCUCCUUUUCACUUCCUUCAGUACAUAAAUACAUUAUUUAAUCAAUAAGAAUUAACUGUACUAAAUCACAUAUUAUGCUGUCCUAGUUACAGCAAGCACUCUUUAAGAAAAAUAUCCAAUACACUAAAUAGGUACUAUAGUAAUUUUUAGACAUGGUACCCAUCGGUAUGCAUUUAAACCUUUUACUGCUGUGUUAUGUUGAUAACAUAUAUAAAUAUUAGAUAAUGCUAAUGCUUCUGCUGCUGUCUUUUCUGUAAUAUUCUCUUUCAUGCUGAAUUUACUAUGACCAUUUAUAAGCAAUGCAGUUAACUACAGAUAGCAUUUCAGGACAAAAUAGAUGACUCGAACCAUUUAUUGCUUAAAAAAUAGCUUAUGCCAUGCUAUGCUCUAAACAGCUUUUAUGCACAUUGGCAAAUGAAGAGUAAGCUUCAGCUUGCUAAGGGAAACUGUGGAAACUUUUGUAACUUUUGGUGAAAUGGAAAAUUAUUUACAAACUGUCAAAGAAUUUGAGGAAGUUGCUGUAUGACAUAGUGCUGGCACUGAUACUAUCCAACAUCUCGUUUUGGACGCUCCUGUAAAUGUGAUUGGAUUGUUUGAAAGAAGAUUUAAAGAUUUAAAGUUUCAAAGUUUUUUUGUUUUGUUUUUGUUUUGCAUAUGGAGAAAAUAUUGAAAGCAGGAUAUGUUGUUCUAUUCACUUUGAAAAAACCGUAAUUAAAUGGUAUUAUAGUAUCUAAAUAGCUUGUUAGAAAGAUUCAAGCCAGGCAAGGAACAUGAGUUUUGUUCAAUCUAUCAAUAACCUAGAGAAACAACCUUUUUUUAAGAGUCUAGCAAAAUGUUUUAAAAAAUCCUAAACAUAAAGACAAAAUAAACCUAUAAAAGCAUUUCAUGAUGAGCACAGGAAGGAUUUCUUAAAGAUGAUCCCCUGCAGCUACCCAUUUUCCAAGACUACACAGGUCACAGCUCAUUUCUCUAAAUUGAACAGUUAUUGAAAAAUCCAUAUACCAAAAUCAAUACUUAUUCACAUUUAAUCCUACAAUCAAAACAUACUCUAAUUUCAAAAUAUGUAUGUAAUCUGUGAUUUCAAUGAUUGUUCUACAUAUACGUCAUAUAUAAUUUGGUCCUUUAUGGGCUAAUAAGUAUGCCUUAAAAAUCAGAACUUUUUUUCCCCACUAUGCUCAUGUGGCCAUUUACAGCACUUAGAAUGAAAACAGAUGUUAAAAUACUGGGUGAAAGUUUUAUUGGAAAGAGAAUUGAGAUAUAUGAUUAUUUGUUAACAUUGAAGGAGAAAUUUUAAUUGGGUCUUUAAAAUGUGUUCUAAAUGAAAACUGUAUUGAGGAUUUUUCUUUCUUUCUUUUUUUUUUUUGUCUUUUUCCUUUUUUUCCUUUUUUCUUUUCUUCUUUUAAAUAUACUAGUUCAAGUCAGUCAGUGAGGAAGAAUUGGGUCAUGAGUUAUCUUAAUAGAGCAAAGGCAGAAAUGAUACUAACUAUAUAAUGUUUAAACUAUAUAUUUUGCUGUUUAAGGUAGUGACUCACUAAACUAAAUAAGUAAUUGGCCAACAUUAAGUAUAUUUCCAAUACAGAAGGGUUCAGAAUAUUGCAUUAUAAACUCUUUUGAAAAAUGUAUCUGAAGUUUUUUUUUUUUUUAAUUGUUUUUAUUCCACUUUUUGUUUGGUUGUGUUUUUAUGUUUUUAUUUUCAGGUAGAUUAAUAAAUCUGGCAGCUGAUUUCUGCAAGAUUCUUGUGUUUUGAAUUUCUAAAUGAAUUGGCAACUCAAACAUAGAAAUCAUGCGUUUCAUUCAUUAAUGAUACAUCUUCUUUCAACUUGGUAAAAGAAACUAAAAGAAAUAUCUCCAGUACUGUUUGCUGCCUCUGCAUGACAACUUACUGAUACCCAAUAGAUCAAUUACAGCAAAGAAUGUUACAUCCCAAAUAACUAGUGAAAAAUGAUUUUUUUAAGUUAUAGCCAUAAAUGCUUCAAAAUAAAAAUCCCCAAAGCAGACAGUACAGAUUUUUCUCCAAUCAUAGAAGGAUCUUGCAGGUCUAGUUUUCUACAGAUGCUGUAACAGAUUACCACAACUUCAGUAACUUAAAAAAAGCACGUAUCUGUCUUCUCAUAGUUCUGGAGGUCAGAAAGCCAAAAUGAGACUUAAGGAGCUAAAACCAAGAUGUCCAUAGGUCUACUUUUUUCUGGAUGCUCCAGGGGAGAUUCUUGCUUCUUCCACUUAUGGAGGCUACCAGCAUUCCCUGGUUCCUGGCUUCACUUCGACCUCUGCUUCCACGAUCACAACCUCCUGUCCUCUUCUACAGUCAGAUCUCCUUCUGCCAGCCUCUUAUAAAGACACCUGUGAUUACAUUUAGGUUAUAACUCAAAUAAUCUGGGAUAAUCUCUCCACCUCAAGAUCCCUAAUUGAAUCACAUGUGCCACAUCCCUUUUGACAGAUACAUUAUUCACAAGUUUCCAGGAUUAGGACAUGAAUAUGGAGAGGUGGGGUAAGGGGAUGGCAGGCAGGGCUGUUAUUCAGACUGCCACACAGAUGAAGACAUUGUGUAGCAAAAAUGCUAACUGAUUUGCCCUUGGACAGGAAAGUUCUGUCGAGGGAGCUAGGAUUAGAAAGUACUGAGAAAUGUUUUUGUUUACCACUGAGAUAUUCUCCCCUUAUUCUGCAUAGUUUUGAAAGUUCGCUGUAUUAAAGUUCAUCUAUCCCACUAAAGCAUCUGGUAAUCACAUCAAGCCUUUAGAUUAUUUAAAUCCUUCUCCCACCCUCAGAUAAAUCCUACGAAAUGAGGGGGGAAAAUAAGAUGUGAUGACAGAGUAAUAGAAUAAACAGUUAAAUCUGUGGUCUAAACCAGAUUAUAUUUUUUUAAUAAAUUUCCUUUCAUGUUAGGAUGAGUUGUUACUAUGAGAUCUUAACAUUUACAAGUGAUUAUUUUUUAUUAGGUAAGAAUAAUAUUAUAUAGGAUAUGUCUCUUUUACUCAAAAGAACAAUUCUAAAAAUGAGUCAACUUACCUUUAUAUGACAAGGAAAGAAAUAUAUUGCCUGAUGUUAUGUUAAAAUAGUUAUUUGGCCAGAUCAUAGGAGUUUCUAAAGCGAGUCACUUUAUCUAUCAUACAGCCUUUUCAGAGCUUAUAAUGAGAAAACAGUAUAGAGAAAAAGGCCAUUUACAUGUUUAUUACUUGGAAUUGUAAAAGAGGAAAACUAAAGCUUAAAUAUAAGAAAUGAGUGAGCUAUUUUCCAGUCGCAAUUUGGUAUGGAGAAGAGAGCAAGUUAUAAAAAACAUAUGAUUUGGGUGAAAAUAAUGGUGAGAAGAAAUUAAAAAGGCAAAUGUACAUAUUAAGUAAUUAUGAUAAGAAUUAUAUAAAAGCCAAGUUUUAAAAAAAUAUUAAUGUUGAACAUGAUACUAAAAAAUUUGACCCAAUUUAUUCAGAACUCAACUAGUACUUUUAGGUCUUGAUUUUUUUUUUUUUAAACAUAAGACUCAGAAAAACACAUUUAAAAAACAAUUUACGGAAAAGUAUAGUUUAAGAAGAGAAUUUGAUUAGACUAGUGGAUGCCUUUGUAGAAAUACCGAUGAUUUUAGAAUGUUCAAUUAAAAGUGUAUAUACAAUGGUUAUGGUUUAUGAAUUCAUAUGUAAGGGAGGUUCUUUUGCAUAUAGAGUCUAAUAUUAUUUAAUUCCAUACUAAAAUUAUAUUUAUGUUUCUAAGGGGAAGAAAGUUUUAAUUCACUUGAUUGUAUUAAAAUUAUACUUACAGUUUGAGAAAACAUGCUAUGAAAAUCAUGUGAUUAUAGCAAAUUAAAAAUGCUCAAAAUUUAAACCUAAAAUAAAAGCCCAGAA